CACCACCAGACGGUUCAGAGCGUCUGGCAGAGUGCAGCAGCUGGACACGAGGAGGAGGGGGUGGACAGGAAGCUACUGUGUAUCCAGACCUUGAGACCUGAAAGAUUCCAGAUGAUUUGAGGGGAGAAGGGAGAGGGCUGCCAGACUGCAGUAAAUCUCAGAGCUGGGGAGGAGUCAGGAGGCUGAAGAAUUUCCUUGGCGGAUUCACACUGUAAAGCUAAUAGGAGAUCAAUUUCAGCCUUCUGAAGAGCCAAAGAGGGACAGAACGAUGGCGGGGAAGCCUGUGAAGAAGUCCUCCCUUCCGGGUGUGAGCAUCCGGCAGCUGGUGGAGGAGAUUCCUGAAGGCUGCAGCACGCCGGACUUUGAGCAGAAGCCCGUCACCUUGGCUUUGCAGGAGGGGAAAAAUGCCAUCUUCCGAGCUGUGGUCUGUGGGCAGCCCAAACCCGAGGUGCGCUGGCUGAGCACCAAAGGAGACCUCAGCAACUCCAGCAAGUACCAGAUCUCCUCGGCUCUGGGCAGCAAGGAGCAUGUGCUGCAGAUUAACAAGCUGACAGGUGAAGACACAGAUCUGUACCGCUGCACCGCUGUGAACGCAUAUGGGGAGGCCACGUGUGUGGCGAGGCUCACUGUCAUCGAAGUUGGCUUUCGGAAGAACCGGAAGAGACAGAAGGAACCCCAGGAAGACCUCAGGAAGGAAAUGAUGGACUUCAGGAAGAUGCUGAAAAAGAGGGCCCCUCCUCCGACUUCUGAAGAGAAGAUGCAGUCUGAGCAGGUGUGGCAGCUGCUGAUGAAUGCCGACCGGAAGGACUACGAGAAGAUCUGCUUAAAGUAUGGGAUCGUGGACUUCCGGGGGAUGCUGCGUAAGCUGCAGGAGAUGAAGAAGGAGCAGGAGGAUGAGAUGGCCAAGUAUGUCAACGCCAUCUCCAAUUUGAGACACAUCAGGGUCUCCAAGGAGGGUGUUGCCACGUUUGACCUGGAGCUCGAUCUCAAGGACCUCGAGAGCAAGAUUUACUUGUACAAGGAUGGUGAGAUGAUCCCCUAUGGCUUCAAUAACCAGACCAAGCACUGUCUUCGGCGCCUGGGGAAACGGUACUACUUCCAGAUCCAGGACCUGCACCCAGAGGAUGCUGGCCUUUACCAGGUCAAGGUGGAGGACGCUGUGGUCUUCUCCACAGAACUAGAGGCUGGUGCCAUUCCCCCUAGAGUCGUGGUCCCCCUGGCCGAGACCCACUGUGAGGAGCAGGGAGAUGCAGUAUUUGAAUGUACUCUCUCCAAACCCUGCCCCAGCGCUACCUGGUAUUUCCAGCACCAGCCACUCCGGCUCAGUGACAAAUAUGAAGUGAUGGUAUCUCCUGAUGGGCUUACUCAUCGGCUGCUGGUGAGGGGGGCCCGCCUCUCAGACAGGGGCCUCUAUUCUCUGGGCACAGGGCUCCACGCCUCCAGUGCCUGGCUGAUGGUUGAAGCUGGGAAGGAGAAAGGCCUUCAGACCACAAGUGCUGACCGCCAGCUGCAGACACAAGGAGCUAAGGCCUCAGAUGCAGAAGACUCCGAGGGCAUCAGUGGCAAGGGAGGGAAAUCCAGAGAGAAGGGCCCUGUGGGGGGCUCCCUCAAGGGGACAGGGCUGGCUUCUGGGCUCCGGCUCACUCUGGGCCCAGAUAUCGGAGGCUCUGGCCGGCAUGGCUACUCCUUGAUGGGGGGUGAGGAGGAAGCUGACUCAGCCUGGGCCCCUGGGCAGGAGAGAAAGGACUUCCUAGAAUCAGAGGGGGACAGAGCCAUUCUUUCAGGAGAAAAUCAGCACUACCCAGAAGGAGACUGGGAUGGGAGCCUCCCAGGGAGACUUCAUCUGCAGGGAGAAGGCCCAGAAUCAGGCCUGGGCUUCAUGGAAAGAGAACAUCAAGGCAGUGGCAGAGAAGGCCAUGGGGACAGAAACUGGGGGACAGGAAGAAGCUGGGAGGCUGGGUCCAGUCACCCUCAAACUGGAGGACUGGGAAGCAGCAGGGAAGGAAGGGGUCCCAGAGAGGACAGUGGCAGCCAACUGGACAGACAUGGCCAGGAACAACUCUGGGAUGUUCAGCCACGACCUGGAACAGGGAAGGGAGCUGUGAGGGGAUCCCAGUUUGAUCCUGAGAGAUCUUGGAAGAAAGAGGAGGGGAUGGAAAGGAUUCUACAAGGUGAUGGCCUGGAUAAGAUGGAGGGAGGAGAUGGCUUGAGUGGGGAAAGGGAAAGGGAAUCAGCCGGGGAAGUGUGGAAUAGAGGCACUGACCUAGCAGAAGCUGAAGGCAGCAGUGGGGUAGUAGGUCCUGGUAUCCUGGACUUUCCCAGAAGAGGAGGUUCCAGCUCCAAGGCAGGAGUGGGCCCUGAGUCCUGGGGUUCUCAGGGAGAUACAGAUGCUAGUCAUGAGGAAGCCAGGGGCUCCUGGGGGCCAGGAGGGUGUUCAGGACAGAUACCUGGAGACAAAUACCCCCAAGAACCCUUACUCCCCAGAGGUAGGACGUUUAUCCCAAAGGACAGGAGUCCUGAAACCAAAGCUGAGGACUCAUUGCAGGGGGCAGAUGACCUAGGAUCUGGGAACACUGUCGCUAGAGGAAAGGGCUAUAAACCUGGCCCUGGAGGCCCAGGAGAUCUCAAGGACUGGGAAAGUAACAUUCGAGAACACCAAGGAAGGAAUGGCCAGUUCACAGCUGGGGCCUCAGGUGGGAGAGGGGACGUAUCCAGGAGCCUUCAGAAGGGAGCAGGGGAGCCUGGCAGAAUAGAGUCUGAGAGCCCAGAUCCUCAGGAUGAUACAUGGUCCCACCUCAGAAAGACCAGGACUCACAUUGAGCCUGGAAUUCUGGGACCCAGUGGAGGGGUAGGGGGUAGUCCCCAGGAAGCUGGGUUGCAAUCUGGUCAGGUGGGAGAUGCUAAAAAUCCCAGGCUGGUUAGGGCUCCAGGUGAGGGUACUCAGGAGCCUGGAAGGACACUAGGAGACACAGAAGGAGUAAGAGAGCCGGGGGCAGUAGGACCCAGGUCGGAUUUCUGCAAUGGGUCAGGAAGCAGUAAAGAAGGGCCCAGAGGAGAGAUGAACUACAAGGAUGGCUUAGAAGGCCCUGGGCAGGUAGAAUCUAGAUAUGGGGAGAGCCCAGCAUAUUCUAGGGGAACAGGUCCUGGAAAUGGAGUUGCUUACAGUGAUGGCACAGGGGUGCCAAUAGAAAGGGGGUCUGGUCAUGGUGCUGGGUAUAGAGGUGCCUCUGGGACAUCUGUUGGAGCAGUGUCUGAGGAAGGGCAUGCUUACAGGCACGGAUCAAAGGUGCCUGGGGGAAUGUGGACUGGAGAUCAAAAUCACUGUGGUCCUGCGGGAAGGAGGUCUACAAGAGCUGCCAGUCUCAGGAAUGAUUCAGGGGGCCCCAGUGGGGUGUCCGUAGGUGAAGCCUGGUGUUGGGAUCCAUCCAGAGGCCAGGAGCAAACAGGCUCUGAAGGAGGGCAGCAUUUUGAAGGUGUUUUAUGGAGUCCUGGGACAGUGGGGUCUGCAGGUGGAGGCAGUCUCAAGGCCUCAGGAGCAGCACAGACAACUGAGGAGGAAUGUGUGCAAGCAGAAGAGGGUUCAGCAAGAAUAAGGUCUUGGAGUCGGGGUGGAGAUUCUGGGAGCUUUGGAGCCACAGGAGCCCUGGGGACAUUUGGAGAUGGUGGCUACAAAGAUGGCACAGGGGGUCCAAAAGCCACGGAACCAGGGUCUCUGAGGGCAGGAGGCAAUGAUGGUGAAGGCAAUGGGACAAGGUUCGUCGGUGCCAGGGCCUCUGCAGCUAGAAGUGGGCAUUGGGACAAUAGCCAGCACCCAGAAGCCCUAGCUCCUCAUGCGGGGGUUGCUUCUGACAGCCAGCAGGCUGAGGGGCCUAGCAGUGUGCUGGGUUAUGGGGAUGGAUCUGAAAUUCCAGAGCCUCAGAGAACUGGGGACAGAAGAGCUUAUGGAGAAGGGCCACAAGGCCUUGGUCCUAGGAAAACAUGGUCAAGGGAUAGGGCAGGCUGCAGGGAUGACUCAGGACACCACCGAGGAAUGGGGUCUUUGGAUACUGUGGGGUACAGCAGUGGUGCUGGGAGCUCUGGAGAAAUGGGGUCAAGAGGUGAGGCAGGUUACAGAAAUGUUUUAGAGGGUUCUGGGAAGAUUCCAUUAGGGAGUGAGGAAGCUUUUAGGGAUGGUUUUGGGAGACCUGGAGAAAUGGGGCUGGGCUAUGAAGUUGGUGAUAGAAGAAGCUUGGGAGGAUCUUGGGAAGUCGGGCCCAAGGGUGAGACAUGCUCUGGAGGUGGUUCUGGGAGGUCUGGCACAUCAGGAUCACUGACCAGAAUGGGACCCGAAGCCACAGAAUGUGGGUCAGGACCUGAAGGUGGUAUGAGCUCCACGGGUGGGCCAGAGAGAAGCAGAGGAAGGGGGCUCACCCAUGCGACAGGCCCUACAGCACACAUGGACAGUUCUGAGUGUUCAGGGGUGCUGGGGAUACAGGAAGGGCCACAGAUGCUUUCAGAUGGAUGGGGUUCCAGGAACAGUCUUGGGGGUUAUGAAAGUUCAGGAAUCUUUGUUUCCCCUGGCACUACUGAUUCCAAGGGAAAAUCUGGGAUCAGAGAAUGUCAAGAUGGUCCUGGGAGGAGCUCUCAGUGGAGAGGAGGUCCCAGUGGGGAGGGUGGGUCCACUGACAAAGCAAUGACAACCGGAGCUUCCCGGUUGCUUGAUGAUAGAGGAGUAGUGAAUGAUGAGGCCUGGACAGGAACUGCUGCUCUAGAAUCUGGACACAAACAGGACUUUUGGAAAGCAGGCUCAAGGACAAUGGACAAGGCUAAAUUGGCUGAGCAGGGGCCAGGGGCACCUCAGGGAGAUGUGGAUUCAAUGCUGGGAGGCAGAGGGAUGGGAGCAAGUUCUGGGAGCUCAUCAGGGACAGAGCAGAGUAGGGGCAGCAGUUCUGUGCCUCGAGCAAGGGGCAAGUCAACAUUAAUGCCAGCCGAUGAGCAAGGGGGGAGCCAUGCUUGGGCCCCAGGCUGGGAAGACCAGGGGCAUGGCCAAGGUGGCGUGGGUGAUGGGAACAAACCCUCGGGCUCCAGGGCUUCCAGUUCUCUCGAAGAGAAAGAUGCCAAUACCCAAACUCAUGAGGGGCUGGAGGGCUCUAGAGGUAGGGGACUUGUGCCAGGCCAAGAGACUGCUGGUGAAUGUCUAGAUCCAUGCUCCUGGGACAGUAGGGGUUCAGGCCACAGGAGGGAAAGGUCUAAUGAUGGACAAUACUCAGGUGUCCUGGGUAAGUGGAAUUCCAACGAGUCAAAGAAUGGCCUCACCCCUAAACCUGGGGAGUCAGGAUCCCAAGGAACCUGGAAUGGCUUAGAUGUUUCCUCUGGCAGGAAAGUCUCUACAAGUGGAUUGGGAAGGGUCCUCAGCUCUGGCUAUCAGCCAGGGAAAAGGGGAAUACUUGGGGAGCGAGGGUCCCUAGAGGGGAAGAAUGGCAUGGCCCGAGGUCCUGGGAACCUAAAGGAAUGUGACAGACAGAAGGCAGAAGAGUCUGGUAGAUCAGGCCAAAGAUCUGGUCCCAGAAGGAGCAUGUACCAGGCACAGUCAGGGGCUGAGGUUGAACCAGCAAAGAGAAGAAGUGCAGAGGAGGCCAAAGGAAAGGGACAGCAGCCUGGCAGUGAAGAUGAAGGGUACCUGGGGGAGACUUGGAGUGAAGACGGGAGCUGGGGGUCCCCCAGGCAUCUUGGCAGCAAGAGAGGUGCCAAAGAGGGCAAGUCGGAUGUCUGUGAUGAGGGGCGGGAUGCCACCCACAGCCCCAGAUGCAGAUACAAGGCCAGCACUGGCAGUUUCUCCACAGAAGACCAAGGACCCAAGAACCACUUCUCUCAAGGCCUGGCUGACACGGAGGUGCAACAGGGUGAGGCCGCCACACUCUCCUGUACCCUCACCAGUGACCUGGGACCCUGUUCCUGGUUUAAAGGUGGAGUCAAGCUCACCACCCAGGAUGGCAUCAUCUUAGAGCAAGAUGGGCUUGUGCACAGACUCCGUAUUGCCCAUGUGCAGGGGGCUCAGGCUGGGAAGUACACAUUCGUAGCAGGCAACCAGCAGAGUGAAGCCACACUGACGGUCCACGAUCCCCCAACCAUAUUUCCAGAUGUGACAGAGAAACUGAAGGAGCCACUGGUGGUCAAGGCUGGGCAGCCAGUAACAGUGAAGAUCCCUUUCGAGAGUCGCCUCCCUGCUCAGGCUUCCUGGAGGAAGGAUGGGGCUGAGGUGGUGGGCAGCAGCCACAGGGGGGCCCAGGUGGCCCUGGGAGAUGGCUAUACACGGCUGUGCCUCCCCAGCACCACCAGGAAGGACAGUGGCCACUACAGCGUGACACUGAAGAGCGAGGGAGGCUCUGUGCAGGCUGAUGUCACCGUGCAAGUCAUAGACAAGCCUCAGGCCCCACAGGGCCCUCUGGAGGUGCAGGAUUGCCACAGAGCUGGUGUCUGCCUCUCCUGGCAACCCCCAAGGGAAGAUGGGGGCCGGGAUGUGGAGCACUACGUGGUGGAGAGGCGGCAGGCUGGCAGAAGCACUUGGCUAAAUGUGGGCAAGUCCUCCCCAGACAGCACUACCUUCACGGAUGGCAGUGUGGAGCAGGGCAGGAAGUACACCUACCGUGUGCGGGCUGUGACCUCGGAGGGGUCUGGGGAGGCCCUGGAAUCUGAGGAGGUGCUGGUGGCUCCUGAGGCUCUCCCAGGGCCCCCUUCUGCCCCAACCAUUUUGUCAGCUUCUAGCCAGGGCAUCACUAUGACAUGGACAGCACCUCAGGGCCGUGGCAGUGCCCACAUCCUGGGUUACCUGAUUGAGAAGCGCAAGAAGGGGAGCAACACCUGGGCAGCUGUGAAUGACCAGCCCAUGCCUGAGAGGCGAUGCACCGUGGCAGAUGUGCGGCCAGGCUGUCAAUAUCAGUUCCGGGUCACGGCUGUUGCUCCCUCAGGCCCCGGAGAGCCUGGGCCCCCAUCAGACGCUGCCUUUGCCCGGGAUCCCAUGAGACCCCCAGGGCGCGUGCGGGAUCUCCAGGUCACAGACACGUCAAGCACCAGCAUCACACUGAGCUGGGUGGGGCCAGAUCCUCAGCAUGGAGACGACGCCCGGGGGUACCUGGUGGAGCUGUGUGGCUCAGACAGUCUCCAGUGGAGCCCAUGCCACGGAGGCAUGGUGUCAGGCACCACCUUCACAGCCAAGGGGCUUCGGCCCCAACAGGGCUAUUUUGUGCGGGUGACGGCAGUCAAUGACGGGGGCUGCAGCGAGCCCACUGCCCUGGACACGUUAGUGCACGCCACGCCUCUCACUGUCUGUCCUAAGUUCCUCGUGGACUCCAGCAUGAAGGACUCGCUGACAGUCAGAGCUGGGGACACCCUCCGUGUGCCUGUCUCCUUUGAAGCUGCCCCUCUGCCUGAGGUGACCUGGCUGAAAGAUGGUCUGCCCUUGCCCAAAAGAAGUGUGACUACCACCAAGGAUGGCAUCACCCAACUUCUGAUUCCUGUGGCCAGCCUCUCGGACAGUGGCCGCUAUGCUGUGGUGCUGAGGGACCUUCAGGGGAAGGAGUCCACCUACAGUUUCCUUGUCAGGGUGGCAGCAUGGCCACAGGCCCCUGGGCCCAUACACCUGCAGGAAAAUGUGCCUGGGACGGUGACAGUCCAGUGGGAGCCCUCUCCAGACGAGGCCCAGGGCGUCCCCCUGCACUACACAGUGCUGACACGUUCCUCGUCACACGGCUCCUGGCAAGAGGUGGCUGACUGCGUCCACACCAACCGCUUCACUCUCCUGGGCGUCCUCCCUGGCCAUGAGUACCACUUCCGGGUGGUGGCCAAGAGCGAGCUGGGUGCCAGCAGACCUUCAGACACCACCCAGCCCUGGUGCCUCCAUCGGCAGCGAGACAGAUUCACAGUGAAGACACCUCGCUUCCGAGACCCUGAUCUGAGCCAGAAGCCCCGGUUCCUGGUGGGCCUUCGGACCCACCUGGUGCCUCGGGGCUGUGAGUGCCACAUGACGUGUGCAGUUCAGGGCUCCCCUCGGCCCCACGUCACCUGGUUCAAGAACGACCAGAGCCUGGAAGGACACAAGGCAGUCUACAGCACUGACAUGCUGGGCGUGUGCUCCCUGGUCAUCCCCUGCGUGUCCCCUGAGGACGGGGGCCAGUACAAGGCGGUGGCCGAGAACCCGCUGGGCCAGGCUGUCAGCACCGCCACCCUCAUUGUCACAGAACCAAGCUCCUAGCCCUGCCUUACCUGAGAUGGCCCUGCCUGGACCCAUGGCCUCAGAAAGGAUGACAGAUCUGUGUAGCUUCACCCCUGGCACUGAUGCCAGCCAGGGGAACCAGCCCCAAAGGACAGAGGCUAUGCCCAGCAGUACAGGAAGACAGCGGUGAUGGUGUUUCUAGAAGCUUUGCCUGGAGGACAUGGAGGCCUUGGGGAAGAAGAAGGGGGACAAGGUGGCCCAAGCCAAGCCACUGCACAGGAUGGCCAUACACUCCCAGGCCCUGGCCACACGGAUUUCUUUCUUCUGUGGGAGGAAGUCAGGCCCCUGUUUGCUAGGCCACUUGAAGGGAGGGCAAGGACCGCAGAGCCUGCUGUGACCAUGGGGACAGAAAACAAAGAAGAUCAAAAGACCUGGCAUCCAGGGCAUGGAGGAUGUGUGUAUGCGGGCCACUCUCUGUAUUUUCCUUCAUUA